GGCCAUUCCGUGCAAGACUGCUGGUCUCCCCAACGUGUAUGUUGGAAUUGCCAUGAACAUGGUCAUCGUUCGUCAAAGUGUCCCCGUCCUCGAGGUAUCCUGAACAGGAUCUGCGGUGGAUGUAAGGAGAAGGGUCACAUAGCUAGUGAAUGUCCCGUGCGCUCGCAAUGGGUGUGUAACAAUUGUGCUGAUCAGGGCCAUGGUCAUUGGGAGUGUCGCAAACCCCGUGGAUAUUUGAGGAUGAAAUGCUCCUUCUGCGGUGGUGUUGGACACUUGUCUGAUGACUGCACCAAUGAUUGGAUAUGCAAGAACUGCAAUGAGCAGGGGCAUCUGUAUGAAACAUGCCGCAAGCCUCGUGGAUAUUUGAAACGAGUCUGCCGAGAAUGCGGCCAAGCAGGUCAUGUAGUGGCAGAGUGUCCU